AGAGAGAGAGAGAGAGAGAGAGAGAGAUGGCUGACCUGACCCACGGCGCCGUGGACUCGCUGCUGGGCGUCCUGUCCGCGGCGAUCAAGGACGAGGCGCAGCUGUUGAGCGGCGUCAAGGGCGACAUCCAGUUCAUCAAGGACGAGAUGGACAGCAUGAACGGCUUCCUCCUCCACCUCAACAAGUCCGGCGACGACCACGACGACCAGCAGCGCGCGUGGAUGAAGCAGGUCCGCGAGAUCGCCCACAUCGCGCAGGAUUGCAUCGAGCUCUACAUGCGCGACCUCGCCCCGCCCGACCCGGGCUUCUGGGCUCAGCUGCGCCACGUCGUCGUCCGCCUCAGGACCAUGCCGGCGCGCCACCAGCUCGCCACCAAGAUCCGCGACCUCAAGGUCCGGGUGCGCGACGUCGGCGAGAGGCGGCAGCGCUACGGCGUCACCGUCCCCGAGGUGAAGAGAGGGAGGCCCGCCGGCGUCCAUGGUGGCAAGACUGCAGGCGAGCUCAGCACGGCCAGGGAUGAAUUCCUUCGAGCUUUAGCGCUUGACAUGGAUGCUGGAAAAGCAUCUUUCGAGAAUGCCAUCGCAUUGCUUCCGGAGGACUUCAAAUCUGCGACAGAAGCAAUACAAACUGCUCUAGCCGAGGGACAACAUGAGAUGGAUCAAGAUAGUUCUACCAUCUGCAGCAUGGAGAUGCUCCUCCGUGCUCUUCAUGUGUCUCCUCAAGGUCAAGGCCGCGUGAACAAGGAAGAACUCGACAACCUCCGUGCCGCAUCCGAAUCCGACAGCGGCACGGAUCUUCCCAAGCAAGUGAUGGUCCUCUGCUACAGCAAGCUGUCCAGGGAUUACAAGAGCUGCCUGCAGUACCUGACUGCAUUCCUGGAGGAGAAAAGCAUUAGCAGGACGAGCUUGGUCAGGCGGUGGGCGGCUGAGCGACUGGUGGCCAAGGAAGAUGACAAGCAAUCGUACGAGCAGGCAGCCGAGAUGUGCUUCAGCGACCUCCUCUUCAGAGGCUUCAUUUCUCCUGCCGACCACGGCGCCGCCGGCAAAGUCAAGAGCUGCAAGAUGAGAGAUCAGGUCAAGAAAUUCGUCAGCGAAAUCUCCAAGAGCGAGAACUUUGAGGGAAGCCACUUGCCGACUCACCUUGACAACCAGCUUCGCAUUCGCCACAUGGUCGCCAAGCAGCAGAAAAAGCUGGAGCAGAAGGAACCAGAACAAGCCCAGGAUCAUGGCAUCUGCGGGCUUCCCAUCCCAGGAAAGAAGGACGAGAAGUCCAUGGCAGCGGCGGACAGCAAGAAGCUACAGAAAUCCAUCGACAAGCAGCUAAAUCAUUUGAGGUCACUCCCCAAAACCUAUCGGCUGAAUGUCAUGGAUCUUGGAGGUUGCAGAGGCCUGAAGAAGCGCCACCUGAACAGCAUCUGCAAGUUGCUGACGCUCAAGUAUCUGAGCCUCCGGUACGCAGAUGUUUCCGGUCUGCCCAGUCAAAUCCAAGCGCUCCAGCUGCUGGAGACCCUGGACAUUCGGCAAACCAAGAUCCGUGGCUCCGACACAAAGCACAUCACUCUACGCAAACUGAAGCAUCUUCUUGCCGGUGACAACAAUCCUUCAAGGGAUGGGGAGUCGAUCUGCACCAUGAGGAUGCCAGCCAACAUCAGUAAGAUGACCGACAUGGAGGUACUCUCCCGUGUGGAAAUUUCUCACGGCAACGAGCUUAGCGAAGUUGGGAGUCUGAAGAAGCUAAGGAAGCUCGGUGUGCUCCUCCCCGGACGCGAGCAAGACAUCAAAGACCUGCGCCGAGAGAUUUUCAAGGUGCUCGGACGCCUGUGCUCCCUGUCCAUCUGGAUCAAGCGAGGUACGCUCUCUGAAGCCGCUUCUCUCGACAAGGACGAAAGAGACGGCAUAUUCCAGCCUCCGAGGAGCCUCGAGAGCCUAAGCAUCAACGGCAUGGACAAAUCUGGAUUGCCAAGCUGGGUCGCAGCAGACCUGAGCUGCCUCUCCAAGAUAACACUGUGCGACACCCAUCUGACGGCCCAGAAGCUGGAGAACGUCGUCAGCAAGCUCCCCGGCCUGCUCUGCCUCAGGCUCCGUCGCGGGUCGUACAAGGAAGACGUGCUCGCCUUCAGCGCGGGGGGAUUCAAGGCGCUCAGGUUCCUCCUGCUCGAGGGUGCCUCCAUCACCAAGCUCACCUUCGAGGAGAACUCGGGUCCUCAGAUCGAGAAGAUCGUCUGGUCCAUGAUGAACGCUGACGUCGCUGCCAAAGCUUCGGCCACCGGAAUCGAGCACCUCGGGGGGCUGAAACAGCUGGUGCUACCUGAAGAUCAUUCUUGCCCCUUGGUUGAAGAUGCCAUCGCAAAACACCCAAAGAGUCAUGGCAUUAGACGUUCUUAUUAGAACUAUCAUUAUCGCUGCUACUGCUCCUCCAUCCUAAAUUAUUAGUGGUUACAGCUUUUCUGCAUCUCGAUAUAUAACAAAACCUAUAAAUAUAGAAAACUAAAAGGACUAAUAAUUGGAACAGAGGGAGCACGUUACUAUAGUAGGUGGUGCAUGUGUGCCGGAUUGUGUAUCUUUAUUUAAUUUGUAUAUGUGACUGCGUCUGUAUAUAGUGUUUUGAUAUACGCUCUAGGGCUUACCUAGGGUGCACCGUUACGUGCCACAAUGAUUAACCUACACAACUAGCUAACUCACCUAAAAAACUAAUCCCGUUUAGUUUGUCUACGUGAUUGUAUGUGUGCCCAGUGUGGGGAA